CAGCCACAAGAUUUCGAGAUGUUGGGGUUGACAUUCAAUUGAGUUCGUACUGUUCAAAAGGACCAGUCAUUAUAAAAUGGCAGCGCAUUCAGCUGCUGCAAGGCCUGUUGGCUAUAGCUAGCAUGUUUGAUCAACAGAGUGCAGACGCAGUAAUAUCACCGUCACCACCACAAUCAACAAGAAAAACAACAGCAGCCACAAAGGGACGGCCUCAAUAACCAGAAAGAAGAAGGGAGGAAUACACGAGUCUUCCUCAUACAAACAUGGGCUUCACCAUGGCCAGCGACCGCCUGCGUAUGCAUGUGGAGCGGCGCGACCUCUACACCAACCUCGAGGCGCGCAUCCACUACCUCCACAGCUUCCUCGACUUUAGCAGCCGCGACAUUGAGGCCCUGGUGUCGGGCGCAAAGUACGUCCGCGCCCUGAUACCCGCGGUCGUCAACAUCGUUUACAAAAAAUUAUUGCGGUACGACAUAACGGCCCGCGCCUUCACUACGAGAAGUACCAGCUUCGAGGGGCCGAUGGACGAGUGCCCGGAUGAGGACAGCCCGCAGAUCCAGCACCGAAAGGUGUUUUUGCGCGCGUACCUGUCGAAACUGUGUUCGGAUCCGUCGCAAAUGGAGUUUUGGGAGUACCUGGACAAGGUUGGCAUGAUGCACGUCGGCCUAGGAAGAGCCCACCCUCUUCACGUCGAGUACGUGCACCUAGGCGUCUGCCUCGCCUUCAUUCAGGACAUCAUGAGCGAGGCCAUCCUCUCGCACCCGCGCAUGGCCAUGCAAAACAAGAUCGCGCUCGUCAAGGCCCUGGGCAAGGUCAUAUGGAUCCAGAACGACCUGAUGGCAAAGUGGCAGGUCCGUGACGGUGCCGAGUUCCACACGGACGAUGGCUCGGAGGAGGAAAUAGUCAUUGAGAAGGAGGGCUACCUGCACGGCAAAAAGAUCCUGGACGAAGACGAUGACGUCCCCGAGGCGGUCAGCCCUGCAUCUUCGACAUCAUCUCAGCACACCCUGACGCCGCCGAGGAGUCUCUUGUCGCCAUUGUCGCCCACGACUUGCAUGCCGAGGAGGUCGACGGGAAGCGAAGGGGCGGGGGUUUGUCCUUUUAGUGGCAGGCAGGCCAACGACCCGAGUACGCCGGAGAGGCGAAAACCUGACAUAAAGAUUGAGGUCAGCGAGCCUGUUACCUUUGCUGGGUCGAUGCAGAGUCUAAGCGGUGUUGCAUUGUCGGGAAGGACGGAAUCUAUUUGAGCUAUAAUGAUUUCGGAAACGGCAUAAAUCGAAGCAAUCUCGCCAGCUUUUAAGAUUCGACGGGGUUUGAACCUUUAAAUUUUGAGGCGAUAUGUUCAUAUCACAGCAAACAUGUCAAAGGAGUGUCUACUGGUUACGCUGUUUUUCAUUCGUGAUCCAAGUAUGCCAUACGAACUACGUUGUAUACGGUGAGACCCCUUGCCCCGAUUCAAAGCCUUCAAGCUCUCGUGCUUAGUAUUGGGUAUAUAAAGAUAUUCGAACCGAAAGAAACAAAAUGCACUUCUUCCAACAAACCCCAGCAUCCCUCACACAUCAAGCAUCACGUCAUCCGUGGCAGGCCAACCCUGCAUAGCAUCAUCGCUAUCACCACACAAGCCCUCGACGGAAGCAUUGUCAUGCUCAUCCACAACGCCCAGCCGCGCACGACGCAACACCUCUUCCGCGUCCUCAACCUUGCAGUCGUCGUCCACCGCGCCAUGUCUGAUGACGGCCAGCACCUUGACCCUGAUCGCCGGCGUCGGCCCGGCCGGAGCCAUCCUCUCCCAGUACUCUGGUUCGUAAACCGCGCGGCGAUUCCAGAAGUCCGUAACCAUUUGGUAGGGCGGUACGUCAGGUACCAGGUCUCCGGUGACCAUAUCGGUGGUCGGGUUCAAGACCCGGUUGACGCCGUCGCGGUGUUCUAUGUUGUAGGCGCGCUGCCACCCACCCUCGUCGCGGAGCCGCGUGUGGCACCACGCCUGCCAGUGCGUCACCAUCUUGGACUCGAGCUUCUCCGCCAGCUUGACAAAGUCCAAGCAGUUGUCCCACACCCCUUCGUCUAGCAGACUCGGCCGGGGCACCUCGUAAAAGUCGAAGCCGCGCGCCUGGAACCGCCAGUCCGCGGCGCGAGGACUCGCGUUGGGCUUUAGUGUCAAGUUGUAAUUGACCAGCCACACGGUCUCGAGGCGCGGGAAGUGCACGACGGACCAGAACAGCGGGUUCCACAACGGAUCCUCGCCGAACUGCGUGCUGUUCGGGUCCUCAUAGGCCGUCUGUUCUCCCCCGGCCAGGUUGAGCUCGUAGCCGAUCUGCCUCUGGUUCUCAAACUGCUUGUACACGCUGCUGACCAGGUAGUGGUCGAGCCGCGGGACGAAACCGCCUACGAACCUCGGGUCCGGCAGCGGCUCCAGGUUCGGCCGCUUGUUCUGGAUUAUGACGAGGUCCUCAGCCGUGUCGAUGACCAUGUAGCUGAAUCCUUCCUUCGCCUUGGGGUCGUCGGCCCGCGCGGAAGGUUUCAGGCCGUCGACGAGGGCUCUCGGGAUCUUGGAGUACCACGCGGAGUGGUCGAUCUGCAUGGGCCUCGGCAGCUGCGAGAAGAUGUAUGGCCGAUUGGUGCCCGACGCGGUCCGGAUGAUGCGCCUCAGCACGUGCGCGUAGCCCGGUAUGCGCGUCCGGAAGAGGUUUCGGCGCCGGCGGGACAUGGACGGGUUGUGCCGACCAAAGUAGCCCGUGGAAUCGCCCCACGGGCUGAACUGCGGCACGUUGUCCCGGUAGACUCGAUUGUCACCGGGUUGGCGUCUCACGUAUGGCUGCUCCAUCUUGCGGAGGCGCAUGAAGCUGGUCAGGUGCUCCGGAAGCCAUGUUUUGCGGUCCUGGACGAACAGGUUUUGUAUCCGAUUCUUCCCUUGCGGGGCUGUGCAGUAGGUGUAGUCCAGGACGAACCAGUGGGCGGCAUUUCCGGUCUCGCGGUGGAGCUGGUAUUCGCCCAAGAACCCCAACACCAUAUGUUGCACCUCUUUGGGCAGGCGCCACCAGGGGCCAAUUUCAUCUUUGCUCCGGGCAAAGAAGGUUGUGCUGAUAUCCUGGGGUGGAGGCCCAAGGUUAGCUGUAUGAUGUGGCAAAGAGCUCAUGAUCUCGUUCGGAACGGAUAUAUCGGUGAAUAGAUUUUUUGCACAUGUGGACUUUUCGUGUCCAUUGAUGUUCUCGAUGGCUCGAUCUCAGGAGAGCGAAAUCAAUGUUCAAGAAGGUCCGGCAAAGUAGAUGGACUUAUUAUUAUAUCGAAAUCCAAUAAUCUUCGGCUUUGUGAUGUUGACGAACACGGUAGGACCGCAUUUGCAUGUCUUCAAUGCCAUGGUUGUCUUGCUGGCUCAAGUUAGUACCAGGCUAGGAGAAACGAACAAAGCAAAGUCACCCGUAAUAUUCAGCAUCAGUAUCAAUCGAUGAAUCCGGAAAUAGUGUGUAACAUCAAGAUCGUUGGACAAAGCGACACAGUUCACAGUAUGGGUAUUCCAGAGUCUAGGCUUUUUGCUCCCGUGGAGGCGAAAGACUGCAUCAAUUCCAAUCUCAAUCAAUACAUUAGACAGCGGCCUGGUGAACAGUACAGGAUAAAAGAGAGCAAAACUUGACCAUCUGCGUUCUAUUCUGGACCUGGGCAUUGCUCGGAAUGUACCAAACUGCAUUCCCGGAAUUUCUUUGUGCAGUAAUCCAAAAAGGGGAAAACCUUGGCAGUACUGGACACAAAGAAUUCUAGUCGACAAUGAAAUCAGGCAUGCAAACGGUGCCGGGUAUCUUUCGCCCAAACAAAG